AUGGUUUUGGCUGAUUUGGGGAAGCGGAUUAACUCUGCUGUGAACAGUGCGAUCUCCAACACACAGGAUGAUUUUUCCACAUCCGUGGAUGUUAUGUUAAAGGGCAUCGUGACUGCGCUGCUGGAGUCGGAUGUCAAUAUUGCUCUGGUUUCCAAGUUACGAAAUAAUAUAAGGUCCCAGCUGCUGAGUGAGAACCGUAACGAGAAGGCCACAACAAAUGCACAAACGAAGAAGCUGAUUCAGAAAACUGUGUUUGAUGAACUGUGUAAGCUGGUCACUUGUGAGGGUAGUGAAGAGAAGGCCUUUGUGCCCAAAAAGAGAAAAACGAACAUCAUUAUGUUUGUCGGGCUGCAAGGUUCUGGUAAGACUACCUCUUGUACCAAGCUAGCGGUCUAUUACUCGAAGAGAGGUUUCAAGGUUGGUUUAGUGUGUGCGGAUACUUUCCGUGCUGGUGCGUUUGAUCAAUUGAAGCAAAAUGCUAUAAAAGCAAGAAUUCCAUUUUAUGGGUCAUAUACCGAAACAGAUCCUGCCAAAGUUGCGGAAGAAGGUAUUAACAAGUUCAAGAAGGAAAAAUUUGACAUAAUCAUAGUUGAUACUUCUGGUAGACAUCGUCAAGAGGAAGAAUUAUUUCAAGAAAUGAUUGAAAUAUCCAAUGUUAUCAAGCCCAACCAAACCAUCAUGGUUUUGGAUGCAUCCAUCGGUCAAGCCGCAGAGCAGCAAUCCAAGGCUUUCAAAGACUCAUCUGACUUUGGUGCUAUUAUAUUAACCAAGAUGGAUGGUGAUGCUAGAGGUGGUGGUGCCAUUUCUGCCGUAGCAGCCACUAACACUCCAAUUAUCUUUAUCGGUACCGGUGAGCAUAUCCACGACUUGGAAAAAUUCUCACCCAAAUCAUUCAUAUCCAAAUUACUAGGUAUCGGUGAUAUUGAAAGUCUUUUCGAGCAAUUGCAAACCGUUUCCAAUAAGGAGGAUGCAAAGGCUACUAUGGAAAACAUUCAAAAGGGUAAGUUCACAUUGUUAGAUUUUAAGAAGCAAAUGCAGACCAUAAUGAAAAUGGGUCCAUUAUCAAACAUAGCACAAAUGAUUCCAGGAAUGAGUAAUAUGAUGAACCAGGUAGGAGAAGAAGAAACCUCCCAAAAGAUGAAAAAAAUGGUUUACGUUUUGGAUUCCAUGACGAGGGAAGAACUAGAGUCCGACGGUAGAAUGUUUAUCGAAGAGCCUACCAGAAUGGUUCGUGUGGCCAAAGGUUCAGGUACAUCCGUAUUUGAAGUGGAAAUGAUAUUAAUGCAACAGCAAAUGAUGGCGAGAAUGGCACAAACUGCAACACAACAACAACCGGGUGCACCCGGAGCCAAUGCCAGGAUGCCUGGAAUGCCAAAUAUGCCAGGUAUGCCAGGUAUGCCAGGUAUGCCCAAUAUGCCAGGUAUGCCAAAAGUAUCGCCACAAAUGAUGCAACAAGCACAACAAAAACUGAAACAAAAUCCCGGUCUAAUGCAAAACAUGAUGAAUAUGUUUGGAGGUAGCGGAAUGGGCGGUGGAAUGGGCGGAGGAAUGCCUGAUAUGAAUGAAAUGAUGAAAAUGAUGCAAGAUCCUCAAAUGCAACAAAUGGCAAAGCAAUUCGGUAUGGGUUAA